AUGCACCGUUUGAUAUCAUUCAAUGUUGGCAUUCUCAACUUUCUUGCCGCCAAGAUUCCAUUGGAAAAUACCUUCAGUACUGCCUUAGCGUCUUCGUUGAUUCCUCCGGUACGUCUGCUAGGCAGACGCAUGGACUCUGACAUGGAUAGAACUCCCCUCCUUCACACCCGAGUCUCCGCUUCCGUUCCCGUUUCCGCCCCCGUUCUUGCCCUCGUCAGAGGCAAAGGUGUCCGAGCACUUGAGGUGACCACACCGUCCACACGCACUGACUACGAGACCGAUGUAGUGGCGAACUAG